AUGAGCCGGGAUUCUCCGCAGCCGUACUCGGUCGACUCGCCCAUCGAGCAGGAGAACGGGCAGGACGGACGGGAGACGGAUCCCCUUAUCCAGGAGACUCCGACAGGCGUGUUAGGCGCUGCAGGCCGUCCAGCUGACGAGGAUGAAGACGACGAGCGACUACCCGACUCAGCCAUCCCGCCUCUUCGACCAGACUUAGCGACAGGCGAAUCGACCCUCACCCUUACUCGCCAUUCUUCCUCUUCCCACUCCUCUCUCUCCCUCACGUCCGACUUGAGCGACGCCGACGCCGACGUCGACCCCUCAUCUUCCACUCCUCACGCCCUUACCGAAUCCGAACGAAAAGCGCUGCGGAAGCAGCGCCGGAAACUCGCGAGACGGAUGUACGGCGGUGGGAACGGGACGGGCCGGCACGCGCAUUCGCUGAGCGAGGGUUUCGAGGUGGAGUUUGAAGAGUUCGCGGAUGAAGAGGGUGGAGCCGGUCAGGGUCGAGCGGCGCAGGAGGAAGAGGAGGAUGGAGCGGGAGGAGGGGGAAAGGCGGAUAAAAGUGUUGGAGAAGUUGCGGGCAUGGUGUGCGCAUCAGCCCUCUCACCAUUCCCGCUACUCCUUCCUCUCGCCUGCUCGACGCUAUCUCCAGCCCUCUUCGUCCCUCUCCUCUUUUUCGCCGCGGUACUAGGAUGGAUGGGCGCUGUCGUGAUCGGCGUCGAAGGGCGAUACGUUGGCGCGAGAUCCUAUCCAGCACUCACUUCCUCCCUCCUGACUCACCGCCUCCGCCUUCACAGGCUCUUCGAGCUCUUCUCCUCCCUCUUCGUCCUGCUCGGUUCGAUCGUCCGAACGACUUUGGGCGCUGUCGUCGCAGCGGAAGUGGCGGUUGGCGUCUUGGAUGUCCGGAAGAGCGAGGGUGAGGAGGGAAGGGGUUGGAGAGUAGCUGGAGUCGCGGUCGUUUGCGCUGUCUGGGCGUGCGUCACCGACUUGCAGUUCCUCGUUCCGCUCGUCUUGCCGCCCCUCCUAUCCGUCCUCGGCCUCGCAGCGACUUUUCCCUCCCUUACCUCCUCCUCUUCUCGCGCUCCAAGUCACUCUCGCCGCCCGUCAUACUCGCACUACACGCGUCUCAGCACCGUUUCGACCCCUGACCUUCGCCUUACGAUGUCAGGCGAAAGCGACAUGCCCGGUGCCGGCUCGUCAGGACCUUCCGAACGACCGCGGUGGACGGCGCUUCUCACUUUGCCGCCGUGGAGCAUUGCACUCCUGACCUGGCCAAUCGCGCUCCUCAUCCUCGGCGUGCGGAUCAAGCAUAUCAACAAACACCUUCCUCAGCCCUCGACCAACUCUUCCGCCCUUCUCAACGUACCCUCUCUUCCCCUCUUCAGCGGCCGGCUCGACGACGAAGACGCGGCACUGUGGCCGUCAAUCCUCCUCAUCUUCGCCAGCGGACUCUCAACAUCGCACGAGACGUUCUUCUAUCUCACCUCCCUUCGUCGGCCGUCCAACACCGCCAUGCGGCAUCAGCGACGCGCAAGUCAAGUUGAGAACGUCUUCGGCGUAGAUGGAGCAGCCGGGGCCAGCGAAGGGAAGCGGAAUCAGUACCCUCUCGCGAUCGCUCUCGGACUCGCCGGCGCUGCGAUCUUCAACCUCGGCUGGUCGCUCGUCGGCUCUCUCGGCUUCCGCUUUGCGGCCGACUUCCUUCCCGCCGCCAACCUCCUCACCGAUCCGCGACUGCCGCGAUCAGACGCGAGUCUCUGGUUCGCCAGGAUCCUCGUCCUCUUCUCGCUCCUCUCGCAGCUCGAGCCGCACGCACACGUCGGCAUCUUGCGCGUACGGAGAGCCAUCUCGUACUUCGUACCGACUGCGGGCGUAGCGGGCGAAGUGAGUGAGUGGAGGAGGGUGAUUGCGCGAGCGGUGGUAUGGGGCUUGACGGCGCUUGCCGGUGCUGGAGUCGUGUAUGUUCCACGAGGAUGGGUGGAUCGAGGGGCGGAAGGAGGCGGAGGAGUUGGCGAGGGCGAAGGAGCGGCUUGGCUGGCUCAGUGGAGCGCGGUCAUCGUCGGAGGGAUUGGCGGAUGCUUGCUCCCAGCCAUCGGCUACCUCAUCCUCUUCCACCUCCGCCGACCACGCCUGAUCCUUCUCACGCCUCACCUGUCCUCGCAACCCGCCCACCCUCACGAGCCUGACUCGCUCCUCCAGCGCAAAGAGAGGGAGAUGCAGCGCCGAUUGAGCGGGAGGAGGGUGUGGAGCGAUGUGGCGGUGUUCGGCGUGAUGGGUCCUGUCGGCGUCGUUUUGAUCGGUCGGGGAGUCGUAGCGCUCGUGAAGGGGUGA